GGUCGCGAGGCAGCCAGCUGUGGGAGCUGCAGCGCUGAGACCCCGGCCCGCCCUCUCCAGCGGCCACUGGCCGGGGCCACCAUGUUCUCCAGAAAGAAGCGUGAGCUCAUGAAAACCCCUUCCAUCUCAAAGAAGAACCGGGCGGGAAGCCCCAGCCCGCAGUCCUUGGGGGAGCUCCCCAGGAAAGACGGUGCAGACGCAGCCUGCCCUGGACCCGGCCUGGAGCCGCCAGUCGCCACCUCCAAUGCCAAGGCCACGGGCACCCUCAAGCGGCCCACCAGCCUGAGCCGACACGCCAGUGCUGCCGGCUUCCCCCUGUCUGGGCCUGGUUCCUGGACACUCGGCCGCGGCCACCGAAGCCCACUGACAGCCGCCAGCCCUGCCGAACUGAGCGCUGAGGGGCCCUGUCCCGAUGCCAUCGAUGACAUCGCACACCUGCUGGCUGAUGUGGCUCGCUUUGCUGAGGGGCUGGAAAAACUCAAAGAGUGUGUGCUGCGAGAAGACCUCCUGGAGGCCCGCCGGCCAUUGGCGCACGAGAGCCUGGGCGAGGCGCUACGUGUGAUGCGCCAGGUCAUCUGUAAAUACCCGCUGCUGAACACUGUGGAGACGCUCACCGCCGCCGGCACCCUUAUCAACAAGGUCAAAGGCUUCCAUUAUGAGUGCAACAGUGAGGUGGACAAGCAGGAGUUUGAGAAGGCCCUGGAGACCAUUGCUGUCUCCUUCAGCAAUACCGUGUCCGAGUUCCUCAUGGGCGAAGUGGACAGCAGCACCCUCCUGUCCGUGCCCCCAGGGGACCCAAGCCAGGCCAUGGAGCACCUGUAUGGACAUGGGGGUGAGGGUACCCCCCCCAGCACUGAGGACUGUGAUGAGGGCUGCCUGCGUCCUGAGGAAGUGGACAUGAUGCUGCAGCGCUGUGAGGGCGGGGUGGACGUGGCGCUGCAGUACGCCAAGAACAUGGCCAAGUACAUGAAAGACGUCAUCGCCUACCUGGAGAAGCGCGCAGUGCUGGAACUGGAUUUCGCCAAAGGCCUGCAGAAGUUGGUCCACAACUGCAGACAGAGCGUCACGCAGGAGCCCCACAUGCCCUUGCUGUCCAUCUACUCCCUGGCGCUGGAGCAGGACCUGGAAUUCGGUCACUGCAUGGUGCAGGCUGCCGGCACGCUGCAGACGCAGACCUUCCUGCAGCCCCUGACACUGCGGCGGCAGGAGCACGAGAAGCGCAGGAAGGAGAUCAAGGAGGCUUGGCACCGCGCGCAGCGGAAGCUGCAAGACGCCGAGGCCAACUUGCGCAAAGCCAAGCAGGGCUACGUGCAGCGCUGUGAGGACCAUGACAAGGCACGCGUGCUGGUGGCCAGGGCUGAGGAGGAGCAGGCGACUGCUGGGCCCGGGGCGGGUAGCGCCGCCUCCAAGAACGUGGAUAAGAGGCGGCGGCUGGAGGAAGAGGCCAAGAACAAGGCAGAGGAGGCCAUGGCCACGUAUCGCACGUGCGUGGCGGAUGCCAAGACGCAGAAGCAGGAGCUGGAGGACACCAAGGUGACAGCGCUGCGGCAGCUGCAGGAGGUCGUUAGGCAGAGCGAUCAGACCAUCAAAUCGGCCACCAUCUCCUACUACGAGCUGAUGCACGUGCAUACAGCGCCCCUGCCGGUCAACUUCCACAUGCUGUGCGAGAGCAGCAAGCUGUACGACCCGGGGCAGCAGUACGCCUCCCACGUGCGCCAGCAGCAGCGCGGCGAAGAGCCCGACGUGCACUACGACUUUGAGCCCCACGUGUCCGCCAGCGCCUGGUCCCCAGUGAUACGUGCUCGAAAGGGCAGCUUCAACGUCAGUGAAGUGGCUGGGGUAGAGGCUGGCAGCCCCCUGGUGGCAGGCGGGCCGGAGGAGGGGGUGCUGGCCAAGGAGCGGCGGGGUGGGCGUGGACACCAGGUGCACAAGUCCUGGCCCACCUCAGCUGCAGAUGCCAACAGCAGUCUGGACGCGGGCUCAGGCUCAGGGGACUUCAAGAAUUUUGAGCGAACCUUGUCCAGUGGCACUGUGUCAUCCAGUGAGGAGCUGGACCAGGAAGGUGGCCGGGGAACUUCAGCCUUCGAGCAGAGUGAGCUUGAUGGCAUGGCUCCCUCAUUGCCUGUGGCUGUGCCCAGCGGGCCCUUCCGGAAUGUGGGACUGUCCAAGGCGGCGCGGACCCACCAUCUGCGCAAGCUGCGUACACCUGCCAAGUGCCGUGAAUGCAACAGCUACGUGUACUUCCAGGGCGCUGAGUGUGAGAAGUGCUGCCUGGCCUGCCACAAGAAGUGCCUGGAGACACUGGCCAUCCAGUGUGGUGGCAAGAAACUGCAGGGCCGGCUGCAGCUCUUUGGGCAGGACUUUGCCAGGGCGGCCCGCGGCACUGCAGAUGGCGUGCCCUUCCUUGUCAAGAAAUGUGUGGGCGAGAUUGAGCGGCGUGCCCUGCGCACCAAGGGCAUCUAUCGGGUCAACGGGGUGAAGACACGGGUGGAGAAGCUGUGCCAGGCCUUCGAGAACGGCCAGGAGCUGGUGGAACUGUCGCAGGCCUCACCCCAUGACAUCAGCAACGUGCUCAAACUCUACCUGCGCCAGCUGCCGGAGCCGCUGCUGUCCUUCCGCCUGUACCACGAGCUCGUGGGGCUGGCCAAGGAGAACCUGAAGGCGGAGGCUGAGGCCAAGGCGGCGUCUCGGGGACGGCCCGACAGCGGGGAGAGCGGGGCGGUGCCCGCAGCCAUGGCAGGCCGGCUGCGGGAGCUGCUGCGGGACCUGCCUCCCGAGAACCGGGCCACGUUGCAGUACCUGCUGCGGCACCUGCGCAGGAUCGUGCAGGUGGAGCAGCAGAACAAGAUGACGCCGGGGAACCUGGGCAUUGUGUUCGGGCCCACGCUGCUGCGGCCGCGGCCCACCGAGGCCACCGUGUCCCUCUCGUCCCUGGUGGACUACCCCCACCAGGCCCGCAUCGUGGAGGUGCUCAUAGCGCACUAUGGCCUGGUGUUCGAAGACGAGCCUGAGGAGGCGUCGGGGGCCCAGGACGGGGCGGCCGGCCAGUGGCCCGAGGGUGUGGUGCAGGUGCCGUUCUCGCAGGCGGGUGAGGCAGUAGCUGAGCCCUCGCCGGAGACGCACGAGGAUGGGCCCCGCGGAUCCCACCUGCCAUCCAAUGACUCGGACUCGGAGCUGGAGGAGGCCUGUGACCUGCAGUCGUCGGGGGCCAGUGCCCUGCACGGCCUGAGCGUCCUGGACAAGCAGGAGAGUGAAGCCAGCCUGGAGGAGGGCGCGCUCAGCAGCAGCGAGGAGCCUCUGGAGCCGCCCGCUGCGGAGGAGGAGGAGCCGGCCUGGCAGCUCUCCGCGUGUAACACCAACCAGUCCAACAACGCGGCCGGUGCCCAGCUGCCCCCAAGACUCAGUGGUGAAUGCACUGCGGUGGGCGUUCACGGGAAGAGGCGGCCCAAGCUGGUUUAA